CUGUCAAGGAGUGUGUAAACUACAGCGCAGUGUGUUUCUUUGUGAUUACCUAUAUAUCGUUUAUUUGUGAUGUUCUACAGCUAUUUUUAUGGUUGUCAGCUCGUUCUUUGUGUAGUAGUUUGUAGGAGCUGUCAUGCUGUUUGUACCUGUAGAUAUUACUUUCAAGGAUAAAGAGACUGUGGGUCCUUAGCCUUCAAGGUCAAGGCCAGCGUUUCCCAAACCAGAGGUCGCGACCCCGUGUGGGCUCGCCUGAUUUGAAAAUUGGGUCGCGAGAGAAAGUCCGAAAUAUUUUUUCCGUUGCGCUUCAUUCAUAGAACCCUGGUUUCGUCAGUAGCCUCCGGUAGCCACUAGAUAUGGUUGUAAUAAACAGAGCAGUUUCUGUUUACUUCCUACAAAUGUGGCUCUAUCGUUUCUAAAUCAAACUGGGGGGAAAAUAAUAGAAUCAAUAACCAGGUUUCCAUCCAACCUUUUUAUUAGAGUAAGGUAAAUGCCGGAUAAAAAAUGUCAUGACAGGACUGAUGGAAACAGCAAAUUUGUCGCUUAACUUUCCAAAUGUCAACAAAAUCUUUUUGUGUCGGUAAAUAUAUUAUGUGUGGAAUCGCCUUCAUGCGCAAAUAUUGAUAUAAUAACCAUCAUAUCGAAGUGAACUUGGAGUCACAUGAUAAUGUGUUGUGGUCCUCCCACUACGACCCGUGAAAGCGUGCAGUUUAUUAAGGCUGCAGAUGAAAUAAGUUACUUCCCAGGGUGGUGAACGUGCACAGUGAUGAGCUUGAUGCUCCUUUCCAAUAACUAUAGAGGGUUUUAAUUCUGGUGACAUGAUGAUAGAUGCUUGACUGCCGUUUGACAAAUAAAAAGAAUCUCGCUCUUUUGUCCAUAAUAAUCUUAUCGUGAAGUAGGCUAUACCCACACUGUAUCUGUGAGCUGUUGGCUAGAGCACACGUGGCAAUACCAGAGAGGACACACUCGCUGUAUAACGCAACAAUUUGUGUGGCAAAACCAUCAGUGGAAUUUAGUGGGCUCCCGAGUGGCGCAGCAGUCUAAGGCACUGCAUCUCAAUGCUAGAGGCGGCACUACAGACCUUGGUUUGAUUCCAGGCUGUAUCACAACCGGCCGCGAUUGGGAGUCCCAUAGGGCGGUGCACAAUUGGCCCAGCGUCCUCCGGGGUAGGGUUUGGCCGUCAUUGUAAAUAAGAAUUUGUUCUUAACUGAUUUGCCUAGUUAAACAAGUCAAUUUGAUGUAAGCACCUCUCUGGUGGGAAAAUGUACAUAUUGCUUUAUGCAGAUUUUAGAAUGUUCUCAUUAAAAAUCUAUUGCCAAUUGGAUGGAAACCAGGCUAAUGAUGUUAUUUUAUACACAGAAGAUCCUACAAACACAUUAACUGAUGAUCUUCUCAACUUCUCUAUACCAUUUCUGAUGCAUUUGUCAUUUCCAACCAUACUUCCUACAUAUUGGAAUGCUGUCAAAAGUACUGUCAGACUGAUUUGCAAUAUACUAAACAUUAGCCGUUGAUUACAUCACUCUUUUUUUUUUUCAUAGCGAGGUUGUGGCUUUGCUCCCUUCUUCACUUCCUGUUAGAACUCUACUGACUAAAUAUUCUAAUUUCUCCGCAGUGCUUCACGUCCGUGACCUCAAAGACCCUUUUAUCAACCUCUCUGCCACUUCUGCAUUCUCUUUCUCUCACGUUCUCUCUCUCAUUUUCUCUUUCCUCAUUUUCUCUCUUGUUCUCUCACGAUAACUUGCAACUGUAAGAGAAUUAACUCUUCCCUUCGCUCUCUCUUUCUCUGCUUCCACGCUUGCCUUGCCUCCCAUCUUGGUCCAGGACUUUAUGGAAAGGGGACAUUGUUACCAAGGCGAUAGUGACUCUGCGCUUCCCCCCCACGCUUUGGCAAGUUUCGCUCUCUGUCCAUCACUCCCUCCAUCCCUCUCUCCUGCCCCUUCGGUCUCCCCUGUUCCUUAUCUACUGCUGCCCCUUUCCCUAUUCCUCUGCCUCUUUCGCCCCCCCCCCACGCUCUCUGUCCAUCACUCCCUCCAUCCCUCUCUCCUGCCCCUUCGGCCUCCCCUGUUCCUUAUCUACUGCUGCCCCUUUCCUAUUCCUCUGCCUCUUUCGCCCCCCACGCUCUCUGUCCAUCACUCCCUCCAUCCCUCUCUCCUGCCCCUUCGGUCUCCCCUGUUCCUUAUCUACUGCUGCCCCUUUCCCUAUUCCUCUGCCUCUUUCGCCCCCCCCCCCACGCUCUCUCCAUUCCUUCUCUUCCACCUACAACCUUCGUUUCAUUCUCCUUCUGCCUCCCCCUCUCUUUGGCUGUGUAGCUGUAGCUCGGACAGUGAGAAAUGGUUCUGCUUAGAACCCGAUGUUCUGUUGAGAGUUCUAGAUCUCUGAGAUGGCUCUAUGGUUCUAUGUUCUAGGCUCUCAGAGACGGAACCAAGCAGGUCCAGAUGGACGAGGUUCCACUGGUUCCGGGAGAGACCAUCAAGGCUCCAAGGAUGUGAUGUACAUCUGUCCCUUCACUGGCUUGGUGACAGGAACCCUCACCAGCACUGACUAUAAACUAUACUUUAUCAGCCUGGAGAGGGAUACUCCCUUCAUCCUGGAUGUGAACCUGGGAGCGAUCAGUCGUCUCGAGACCAUCAGUGUCCAGAGUCAUGGAGAGAACACACAGGGCAUGGAGAUAGUCUGUAAGGACAUGCGUAGUCCCCGGUUUGCCUAUAAGAAGGAGGACGCCAGCCAACCAGAGAUAGUGGAGGUUCUAACAAAACACACCUUCCCCCUAUCAAAUGGCCUGCCCUUGUUUGCCUUCCUGUAUAAGGAGAAGUUUCUUGUGGACGGAUGGAAGGUGUACGAUCCCAUAUCUGAGUACAAGAGACAGGGUCUUCCCAAUGAGAGUUGGGCCAUCAGUAAGAUGAACAGUAGUUAUGAGGUGUGUGACACCUACCCUGCCCUGCUGGUCAUCCCCACUAGCAUCAAGGACGACGACCUCAAACGAGUUGUGGCCUUCAGGGCCAGGCACCGCAUACCGGUAUUGUCAUGGAUCCACCCGGAGAGCCAGGCCACUAUAGUGCGUAGCAGUCAGCCUUUAGUGGGACCCUCUGACCGGCGCUGUAAGGAGGACGAAAGAUACCUCCAGACCAUCAUGGAUGCUAACGCACAGUCUCACAAACUCACCAUAUUUGACGCCCGACAGAGCAGCGUGGCAGACAACAACAAGGCUAAGGAUGGUGGUUAUGAGAGUGAGAGUUUCUAUCCCAACGUGGAACUCAACUUUCUGGAGAUCCCCAACAUCCACGUGAUGAGGGAGUCACUGAGGAAACUGAAAGAAGUGGUCUACCCUAGUACAGACGAGGCCCACUGGCACUCUGCAGUCGACCAGACACACUGGCUAGAGUACAUGCGGGUCCUCCUUGCGGGUGCAGUGCGUAUAGCUGACAAGCUGGAGUCUGGUAAAACCUCUGUGGUGGUCCACUGUAGUGAUGGGUGGGACCGGACAGCCCAGCUCACCUCUCUGGCCAUGCUGAUGCUGGACAGCCACUACCGCACCCUCAGGGGCUUCCAGGUACUGCUGGAGAAGGAGUGGAUCAGCUUCGGACACAAGUUCGCCGCGCGUGUGGGCCAUGGGGAUGAGAACCAUGCCAACUCAGAGAGAUCACCUCUCUUCAUCCAAUUUAUAGACUGUGUCUGGCAGAUGACCCGACAGUUCCCUGCAGCAUUUGAGUUCAAUGAGUUGUUCCUAAUCACCAUUCUGGACCACCUCUACAGCUGCCUCUUUGGUACGUUCCUCUACAACAGCGAACAGGAGAGAGUCAUCAAUGAUGUCCAGACCAAGACAGUCUCUUUAUGGUCCUACAUCAACAGUCAACCAGAGGACUUCACCAACCCGUUCUAUGUGGACUAUGAGCACCACGUCCUGUACCCUCUGGCUAGUGUUCGACACCUGGAGCUGUGGACCGGGUAUUACGUGCGAUGGAACCCCCGUAUGAGGCCGCAGAUGCCAGUGCACCAGAACCUGAAGGAGUUGUUGUUCCUGAAAGCUGAGUUACAGAGGAAGGUUGAAGAGUUACAGAGAGAAGCAUCUUCAUCACACGGCUCUCUUUCCUCUUCAUCAGAACACACAUCAUCACCCUCACACAGCGGGGGAACGCCCCUACACACCACCGUCUGAAUACACACACAUACCCCUACCAAUACAUUUGUCUUUGUAUUCCCCUAUUUUUCCACAAGUGUUUUUAUCAUAGAGAAAAUAAGUACACACUUGUAACAAAGUUUUGUUCUUGGUUGUAUUCAAAUAAGAGAAAAGAUAUAGGGUAAUGUAAUUGUUGAAAGAAAUAUUACAGUAUUGAGAGAAAUGCACCAUAAUAUUUUGUCGAACGUUGAAAGUGUAAAUAUAAAUAGAUGUAACUAAUAUAUUUAUACCUACCAAAAGUAUACUCUUUAAGAAUGACAACAAUUUCUAAUUGAAUUGAAUUCAUAUUUCUAAACUAUCAAUCAGCACUUCUUAACUGCCACAUUCCAGUAAGCAUGUAUUAUCAACUCAAUGGCAGCCUAUUCCCUAUAGGUCCCGGUCAAAAGUAGUGCACUAUGUCGGGAAUAGGGUGCCAUUUGGAGUGUAGACUGAAUAAGAUCUCUAUCUCUCUGUACUAACUUAACCUGAUCCAGCUGUGCCAUAACUAUUCCUCUGUAAUAUAAUGUCCCCCCCCCCCUCUUCCUGUCCGUCCAUUUAAUGUGCCCUGACUGGAGGUUUACCUUUUUGUGUAUGUCGUGUUCCUAUCAACACGUUCCAUUGAAAGUCUCUGUGCACGUGUGUGUUUUUUUAACGUCAUUUUUUUCCUAUUCAAUGUGUGUUUCAUUUCUAUGCAAUGGUGAUAUCCAUAUGAUCUGCAUUAUAUCUUGUAUUCUUGUUAUCUUUGGUAUUCCUUUGUGACUUUUCUUUCAUUGUGGUGACGCCAAAUCCUUAUUUUAGGUUACCAUUUGCACCGAGAUGCUCUCCUUGCCCUCUGCCGACGUUAAUCAAUGGUAAUGUGGUCUGAGCUCAUAUCCCCUUUGUGGCUUUGAAGACACACUGCAGCAAUACUGACAUCCUGUGAUACCCAUAUCCUUUUCCUUGAGGAUUAGAUCAAUAUCAUUUAAGUCUAACUAACCUUAAUGUCUUCGAUAUUGUGUAUGGUUCCUACUGUAUUAUGGUGGUUGUAGCUGUUUCCUGUGUCAUGUGAUGGUUAUAACCACUGUUUCCUGUGUCAUUUGAUGGUUAUAACCACUGUUUCUUGUGUCAAGUUUAUGUUAUCAUUACUGUGCUGCAACUUCAUUGAACUUUUCUGUGGUAAAUGUGAUUAUUUUCCAA